AUGACCAACCAACCAUAUUCGUACCAACAAUCAGCUCGCAGCAACAUGCUACCAGCUCCAGCACUUCCACCACCUCGCCCUGAGUUCUUCCUGUCCCGGAGCAAUACCGGCCUCCUCGUUCCGCUCAUUCCAGCCGACGAAUUGCCUUUCAAUAUCUCUCUCCAAGGCGUCCCUCGUGUCAUGCGAGCUGAGGAUACUGUUGGGAUGCAGUGUGUCAGCUACAUCCCGUACGUCGGCACUACCUACAAGCUGGACCGUGGAAUCUACCUCCCGGCCCUGCCUCACGAGAUCGAUAGCACGAAUGGUAUGGUCGGCCAGACUAGGGCUCACUGCGGAGGUGCGCCUGUGCAGCCAAAGUUCCUGGCUCCGGACCACUUUGCUCGCCAGGCUCUUGCACAAGUCGGUGUCCAGGCCCAGCAGGGUACCAUCAACGCUGGCAUCACAAUGCGUCCACUCUCCGCCCACGAGACGGCGACAAAUUGGCGCAGCAGCUUCAAUCCCACACCAGCUACUGCGAAUCAAUCGCCACAGCAGAUUCCUGCCACUGCUUCUACUAUCUCUUCAUCAGCUUCUGCACAACUCGCAAACAACAAAACAACGUCCAAAACCCAAGAACUCAUCAACGCCAUCCUCUCCACUACAACCGGUGCCUGUACAGCCGCGAAUCUCAACUAUACCGCUCCGUCCGGCCCACUGCCAGGACCUUCAGGGACUGCACCAGACUCCGAGAAGAAACAGUACUGCACUUACUGGAUCCGUACGGGCUGUCUGUUCAAGCAUGAGAUGCCUGAUCGUGAGACGCUGGAGAGCAUUGGCUUUCGAAACGUGCCUAGGUGGUGGGCUGAGAAGAAUGCUGGUGUGGGCGGAAUGCGGUCUAGUGUCAUGAUGAAAUCUAAGACGAUUCUUGGGCAGGUGCCGAAUGAUGCGAGGGCUAUGAUUGGGAAGCCGAGAGAUGUUAGUGAGUGGUUGAAAAAGUCCUCGUCUGAUUGCGGAGAGGACAGGAGCGCUACGAGCGACGGCGAAGGUGGCAAUGCUAUACCUGGGUCCGAAGCGGAUGACGAGGGUAGCGGUGCUGAGCAGAAGGUGGGCGAGAAAGAGGUCAGGACUCCUCAGCAGAGCCAGAGCCCUCUUACAGAGCCACUUGUACCAGAGACAGUCAAGCACUUGGACUCUAAACAGGAGCCGACUGCUACCAGCCCCAAGCAGCCAGAAGUCGUCGAAGCCAAGGCUACUACCUCCCGUUCGCCACCAGCAAUCGAUAUCCGCAAAGCAUCAACCUGCAGCGACCUCAUCGACCUCGCUUACCCAACCUCACCAAAUCCGUCCUCGUCGCCACCACCAGAUACACCUGCUCUCACUCCCACGACUUCAGCAGCCUCCACUCGCCCAAGCACGCCCUUGACACCACGAGCCGCAUCUUUCAACCCAGUCACUCCAGAAAAGGCCGAGAAGAAGCAGAUCUUCGUCCCCAAAGGCGAGUCCAUACUACCACACAUCCAAGACGUGCGCAAGCACCAGCUCCGCCAACGAAUCCCCCGUGCUCCGAUCUCUGAGCAGACAAGGGCGAUGCCGCUUGAAAAGCAGAUCCAGGAGAGGCAGCGUCAGCAAUCCAGAGCUCAGGCUCUGGUCCGUUCCAAGACCUCUGCCCAGGCCCUGAUCACAGUCCUUCCGAAACCACAGACAUGCACCACGGAGUCUGAGGGCAAGGCAGUGAUCACAGUCAAGCUGGAGAAAGGUCUAUCGGCCUCUCAGCACGCUCCCAAGACCUUAGCACAGUCGGGCGAGAGUCGUGGUCAGCAGUCUGGUGCAGGGACGGAGCAGAAGUCAUCCAGGAAGAGCGCCCCUCGUGGUGCUCGCAGACCUGCGAGGAAGUAG